AUCUCUACCCUUUACCUUCCUUUCCCUACCCUUUAUAUACAAAGCCUUUCCCUUGCUCCAUUCUCAACAUCUCUGGCUCACCAUAUCAUUACAUAAAUACAUUAUGGUUUUCUCUAGAGUUUUACUUGCUAUCCUUCUUGGUUUGCUGGUUCUCAAUCUCAUAGAACCAAGCCAUGAGUCAUUUGAGGAUCAAGAGGCGAGCCAAGGAGCAGUAGGAAAAUCUCUCUUGGCAACCAUAGACUGUGGAGUGGCAUGCAGUGGGAGGUGCAGGCUGGCGUCAAGGCAAAACCUGUGCAUGCGAGCAUGUGGAACGUGUUGUGCACGGUGCAACUGCGUGCCACCAGGCACCUCUGGAAACACAGAUCAGUGCCCUUGCUAUGCUAACAUGACCACUCAUGGUGGGCGUAAAAAGUGUCCUUAAAUCUAAUCUCGCUUGAGUGUCAUAUCAUGCUUAUGCUUCCUACUUGGUGAUUAAUAAAUAAAUUGGAAGCAUAGCAAACACACCUCUUGAUAUUAUAUACAAAUAAAGUUAUGUAGUGGGAGACAUAGCCAUGUCCUCCCUUUGUUUGUAUUGUAAGACUACUGUCCUAUGUGUAGAAUAGGAGUGCCAAUCAUAGAAUUACUAUC